CGCAAAACAGGCUGGGGUGGAUCGACUCGUGCGCCUCGCUCCAGCCACGUGGGGAGCGGCUGCCCGAGCGCGCCGUACCUUGCGCGGGGCUCUUCGCCGCGCCUUCUCGCCGCCUCCGAUCCUGAGCCGGGGCGCAACCGCUCCGGACCCCCAAGGAGAAAAGGGCAUUCGGUGGACUUCGCCAGCGGGUGAGAGGCUGAACGGCGAUGUGAAACCCUCGGAAUUGCACUGGUGUUUUUCCUCCCGAGAAGAUCUGGUGUGACCGUGGUGGGGCACUGCUUUAAAAUGGCCAGCUUAGCCACUAUGGACUCUUACUUGCAAACGCUGGCGAAGAAGAUUUGCACCCAGGAAGUCCGUGAACCACAGAAAAGGAAAUUUGGAGUUCCAGGGAGCAGGCUGGGGGACGAGAGCACUCAGCCCAGGAAGAAGAAAAAGAAAGGAAAGAAUCUGAAGAAGAAAAGUACUGUGAUGGUUGCUCCGGUGAGCACAUUCAGCCAAGCGUCCCCAGCCAAACCAGCAGAUGUUAAGAAGCCGGGGUCAGCUUCUCAGAUCACACCUGGUGCCAGGGGAGAGGAAGGAAGUGGAAAAGGAACUUCUGUAGCGCCUGGUGUUACAGGAAGCAAGAGUGCACCUGGCACAAGUUUUGCAAUGGAUUUCUUGCGCCAGAGGCUACACAACAAAAUUCAAGAACUUUCUGGGAAGGGAAGUUCCAAAGCGCUGUCCCCCGCUGUGCUGGAGAAGCGCCAGCGAAGGAAAUACGAGCGAGAGAGAAAGAAACGCCGGAGGAAAGAGAUAAGGAUGAAGGAGAAAUUAGAGAAGAAAGCAACAGAAGAGGCAUCAACUGCCGUGGUUUCGGAGACCCAGCAGGUGGACAGCAAGGCUGAGGUCAUGUUUAACAGAGUGGAGGUCUGCGCAGAAGAGGAGCUUAACAAAGUGAAGAAAAAGGAAGAGAGAAAAAAAGCCAUCAAAGGCAACAUCACACCCUUGACUGGGAAGAAUUAUAAGCAACUCCUGAGCCGGUUGGAGACUCGGAAGGCCAAGCUGGAAGAGUUGAGGGCCACGGACGAGGAGAAAGCCAAGGAGUUGGAGGCCAAGAUGCAGUGGACCAACGUCCUCUAUAAGGCAGAAGGUGUGAAGAUCCGCGAUGACGAGGAGAAGCUGAAGGCAGCCCUCAAACGCAAGGAAAAGCGCAAGGCCCAGCGUCAGAGGCAGUGGGAGAAGCGGACCGAGCAAGUGGUGCAGAGGAUGGAGCAACGGCAGGAGAAGCGCCGCAAGAACCUCCGGCAGAAGAAGCUCGCCAAGAUCGAGAAGAAGAAGGCGAAAGCUCGGAAGAAAGGCCGCAUCCUGCCUGAGGAUCUGAAGAAAGCCAGCCCUAACUCAAACUGAGUUUUAACCCAGUCUGGGAUGGGUGCCUGUUUGAGUGAACAGUUUUGUGGAUUUUAGGGAAUUCAUAAAAAUCUUGCUCUGAUCAGAUGGCGUAUGGAGAUGAUGCAGCCAAGUCCAUUUUGGGUCAACUCUCGGGUUGAGAAGGACCUCAAGGGUGGAAGGUCUUUCUUUCCAAAGAAUUUGUCUAUCAAAUUACCCUUUUCGGUAAUUUAAGUCGAAUCGUGGGAUGGGAGGACGAAAUGUAUCACCUUAAUCUUGGGAGCAAAUUGAAGCAAGGAAGAGAUGAUUAAAAAUUCUACCCUGGCUGCAUUUCUCAGCUUGGUGGUUGAUUUAACCCAUGGUCUGAUUUGGUAUAAUACACAGAACCAUAAAUCGA